AUGCGAUUCCGGCAAGUCUCGAUACUCUCGACUCUUCUCGUCGCUCUCCUCGCAUUGUCCUGCUCGGCAAGCCCGCUGAGCGCCAACGACAAUGCCUCUGCCGACGAUUCCGGCAUGACUACCACAGGCAGCAGUACCGGCCCCAGGACGACUGUGAAUAAACCCAUCGUGCAACGUCAGACCGAGAAUGCGUACAUCAUGACCCUUCAGGCCAAAGAUCCAAAAGUGCAGGCUCGCUUCAUCUUUGCUCUCGAAUAUGAAGAUCUGUACUACUACUACGGCAAGGCCACUCGCUGUACGACCCUCGACAACGUCGAUUGUGACAGUGCGCCUGAAGGCCACGGCAACGGCGGCGUGCUCGAUUACUCGGACUUCCACUUUACGAUCGACUACCUAUUCAAUGUACACGUUCGCUUCUACCAUACCCCAGGCGGACAGAUCUUGGCAUGGCGUAUCAAGUUUGGCAGCGUGUACAAACAGGACAUUGUCAAUCCGCAGCUCUGGACGAGCGAUGCAAAGCCUGUCAAUAUUCCUUACGAGGAUCAUGGCAUCUGA